AUGGAAGACGAAGGCUGCACCACCGACAAGGAGCUUUACGAAGUUAUGAUGACAACGCGAAAAUUGUUCAAGAAGCUGGACGAGAGAAUUGGUGAGGAAAUGAAGACGAUGGCCAAGCCAAAGAGUCAAGAGGACGACUCCAGCAGUGAUGAGGUCCAAGUGGAUAAUGCAUUCCUGAAGUACCUUCUCCGAAUGGUGCAAAAGCGUCUACACGAGGAGACCCAACGAUAUGCCGCCCUGCAGGACGAGGUCCUGGCGACUCGGGAUCGAAUGGUCGCCGACCAGAAGCGCAUCGCGAAGAUUAAGGACAAGUUGAGGUUUCUCUGCAACAUGAGCGACGAGGCCAACGAGUGGAUGGACGACUUGGAGGCAAGCGAAGAUAGCAUGCUACUUGUACUUGUAUCUCCCGAGGAAAGUGAUGCGGAAAUCGAGGAGAAGCCACAACAGGCAGUGCAGGAGCUGUUGGAACAGCCAAUGGAUGCGGAAAACCGACUGCUGGCCAUCAGGUUCUUCAAUCUCAUGCUGGCGAGACUCUGGCGCCGGCGAAGAGCCGAAGUCUGUGACCUCCACACUCUGGUUCGCAAGUACCAGGCUCAUGCCGCUCGAACCCAAACGGAGCUAUUCACCCGAAACCAGAUGAUCUGCCUGGAGCAGCGUCGUGGGGAACAGCUGACCCAUCAGCUGAUGAGGGCCAUCAGUCGCGUCCACGUGUCCAUGGAAAGCUGCGCCCAGCUGGACAGCGAGUUGCAGCAGGUGAGAAUGCGGGAGGCCACACUGCACAACGAACUGGAGUCCAAGUCGCUGGAGUGCGAGUACUUCUCCGAAAUGCUCGACACCUGCCGCUCCGAAAUGUUCCGCGAGCUGGCCAAAUACCGGGAGGGAGCCACCGAGUUGGCCAACCAACAGAGGCGAGCCCUCGAAUUGGAGCGCGAGAACGCCCAGUUGGAGGACGAGCUGCUGACGAUCAAGGACCGGUUUCUCCUGCAGAAUGACCAGAUGUCCGUGGCCCUGGGCGAGAAACAGGAGCAGCUGAAUACCGCCUAUGAGACGCUAAAGAACUGCGAACAGGAACUGGCCAAGCUGGAGCUGAAAUACAACGAGGCACUGCGCCAGAGCGAGAUCGAUGUGGAACUGCAGAAGGAGAUCUCGAAUCUGAGGCGGAACAUGGGCGUGGCCCGAUGCCUGAUCUUCUAUCUGACGGCCCGUGAAUGGGGAACCCUUCAGGGUUGCGUAUACCACGUGGUGGCCGGAACUCUCGACUGUCUGGCGCCCUCGUUUUCCACACCGCCGAUGGCGGACAAUCUGCUCCGAAUGGCGUUGGCUGCCAUCUUCCUGCUAUUUGCCAUGUACUGAGUUGAAUACGGA